GUCACGUUUCUUCCGGUGAGCGAAACAUCAACAGAGCUGAAGAUGGCAGAGAUCGGAGAGGACGAGCUCAAAAAGCUCGAAUAUUUGUCUUUGGUGUCUAAAGUUUGUACAGAGCUUGACAACCAUUUGGGAAUCAGCGAUAAGGAUCUUGCUGAAUUUGUAAUCAGUCUUGCUGAGAAAAACCCAACGUUCGAUGGCUUUAAAUCGGUUCUGGCUAAAAACGGGGCAGAUUUUACAGAUUCACUCGUCAGCAAUUUGCUUCGUCUCAUUCAAACCAUGCGGCCUCCUGCAAAAGCAUCUCCCAGUAAAGGCUCUCAUCCAGUGGUCAAGCCAAAGAGUGAAAAGGACAAGCUGAAGGAUUUGUUUCCAGCUUUGUGCAGACCUGAUAAUCCCAUUACCAGGACUUUGCUGGAUGAGGAUGAUGUGAAGGUCGCUGCUGAUGCCAUGAAGGAACUGGAGAUGUUUAUGCCCAGUAUUAGUGGACCAGACUCGAAAAGCAGCAAACACAGAUCUGAAACCAGCAGCAGCAAGAAGAGGAGGAGCAGAAGCCGCAGCAGAGAUAGAGACAGAGAUAGAGACAGAGACAGACACAGGCGGCAUCGCUCUCGUUCCCGUUCCAGGUCUCGUUCUAACGACAGGGACCGGAGGAAGCGCAGGUCCCGCUGGCACUCUCGCAGCAAGUCACGGAGUCCUGCACGGGGAGACAGAGACAAGGGCUCAGAUCGCUGGAAGGACAAACACGUGGACCGGCCCCCGCCAGAGGAGCCCUCCGUGGGUGAUAUCUAUAAUGGCAAAGUCACCAGUAUUAUGCAGUUUGGCUGUUUUGUGCAGUUGGAAGGUCUUAGGAAGCGCUGGGAAGGCUUGGUUCACAUUUCUGAACUCAGGAGAGAGGGACGGGUAGCAAAUGUGGCAGAUGUGGUUAGCAAAGGUCAGAGGGUCAAAAUCAAGGUGUUGUCCUUUACUGGGUCCAAAACCAGCCUCAGUAUGAAGGAUGUUGACCAGGACACUGGUGAAGAUCUGAACCCCAACAGGAGAAGAAAUAUGGGUGCAGAUGGUCAAGAAGAGUUGGCCAUGAGGAACCCAGACAGACCUACUAACCUCAACCUGGGCCGUGCUCCAGAGGUAGAGGAUGACACACUGGAACGCAAAAGACUCACCAAGAUCUCUGAUCCAGAAAAGUGGGAAGUCAAACAAAUGAUCGCUGCCAAUGUGUUGUCUAAGGAGGAAUUCCCAGACUUUGAUGACGAAACGGGCAUUCUCCCUAAAGUAGACGAUGAAGAGGAUGAGGACCUGGAGAUUGAGCUGGUGGAAGAGGAGCCUCCAUUCCUGAGGGGACACACCAAACAAAGCAUGGACAUGAGUCCUGUCAAGAUAGUCAAGAACCCAGAUGGAUCUCUCUCUCAAGCAGCCAUGAUGCAGAGUGCCCUGGCCAAAGAACGUCGGGAAGUGAAACAAGCCCAGCGGGAGGCUGAGAUGGACUCGAUCCCAAUGGGCCUGAACAAACAUUGGGUGGACCCGCUGCCUGAUGCUGACGGCAGGCAGAUAGCCGCCAACAUGAGAGGCAUAGGUAUGAUGCCCAACGACAUCCCAGAAUGGAAGAAACACGCCUUCGGUGGCAACAAGGCGUCCUACGGCAAAAAGACUCAACUUUCAAUCCUGGAGCAAAGAGAGAGUCUUCCCAUCUACAAACUGAAGGAGCAGCUCAUUCAGGCUGUCCACGACAACCAAAUCCUGAUUGUGAUCGGGGAGACGGGCUCAGGGAAGACCACGCAGAUCACUCAGUACUUGGCUGAGGCGGGAUACACCACACGGGGGAAAAUCGGUUGCACACAACCAAGAAGAGUGGCAGCCAUGUCUGUGGCUAAAAGAGUGUCGGAGGAGUACGGUUGCUGUUUGGGUCAAGAGGUGGGCUACACCAUCCGUUUUGAGGACUGCACAAGUCCAGAGACGGUCAUCAAGUACAUGACGGACGGUAUGCUGUUGAGAGAGUGUCUGAUCGACCCUGAUCUGGGUCAGUAUGCCAUCAUUAUGUUGGACGAGGCUCACGAGAGAACAAUCCACACAGAUGUGCUCUUUGGGCUUCUCAAGAAGACCGUACAAAAGCGAACAGACAUGAAGCUCAUCGUGACAUCAGCCACCCUGGAUGCUGUGAAAUUCUCUCAGUACUUCUACGAAGCACCUAUUUUCACCAUCCCUGGUCGUACAUACCCGGUGGAAGUGUUGUACACUAAAGAACCCGAGACGGACUAUCUGGAUGCCAGCCUGAUCACAGUCAUGCAGAUCCACCUCACUGAGCCUCCAGGUGACAUCCUGGUGUUCCUGACGGGUCAGGAAGAGAUCGACACGGCUUGCGAGAUCCUCUACGAGCGAAUGAAAUCUCUCGGCCCUGAUGUCCCAGAGCUCAUCAUCCUGCCUGUGUACUCCGCCCUGCCCAGCGAAAUGCAGACCAGGAUCUUUGAUCCAGCACCACCUGGAAGUAGAAAGGUGGUCAUUGCUACCAACAUUGCGGAGACGUCUUUGACCAUCGAUGGAAUCUACUAUGUGGUGGAUCCAGGUUUCGUCAAACAGAAGGUUUAUAACUCCAAAACUGGCAUCGAUCAGCUGGUGGUCACGCCAAUCUCACAGGCUCAGGCUAAACAGCGAGCGGGCAGAGCCGGUAGAACAGGCCCUGGUAAAUGUUAUAGGCUAUACACAGAACGUGCCUACAGAGAUGAGAUGCUCACCACCAACGUGCCUGAGAUUCAGCGAACUAACUUGGCCAGCACUGUGCUGUCUCUCAAGGCAAUGGGCAUCAAUGAUCUGUUGUCAUUUGAUUUCAUGGACGCUCCACCCAUGGAGACACUCAUCACAGCCAUGGAGCAGCUGUACACCCUGGGAGCUCUGGAUGAUGAAGGUCUGCUCACACGCCUCGGUCGUAGAAUGGCUGAGUUUCCUUUGGAGCCCAUGCUUUGUAAGAUGUUGAUCAUGUCUGUCCAUCUCGGCUGCAGUGAAGAGAUGCUGACCAUUGUGUCAAUGCUUUCAGUACAGAAUGUCUUCUAUAGACCAAAGGACAAACAAGCUCUGGCAGACCAGAAGAAAGCCAAGUUUCACCAGCCUGAGGGAGACCACCUGACUUUGUUGGCUGUCUACAACUCUUGGAAGAACAAUAAGUUUUCCAGCCCUUGGUGCUACGAAAACUUCAUCCAGGCGCGAUCUCUACGACGUGGUCAGGAUAUCCGCAAACAGAUGCUGGGCAUCAUGGACAGACACAAGCUAGAUGUGGUUUCUUGUGGCAAGGCAACGGUACGUGUACAGAAAGCAAUCUGCAGUGGUUUCUUCAGAAAUGCUGCCAAAAAAGAUCCACAGGAAGGUUACAGGACCCUUAUAGACCAGCAGGUGGUGUAUAUCCACCCUUCCAGUGCACUGUUUAAUCGUCAACCAGAAUGGGUGGUAUACCAUGAGCUUGUGUUGACCACCAAGGAGUACAUGAGAGAGGUGACCACUAUAGACCCGAGGUGGCUGGUAGAAUUCUCUCCAGCUUUCUUCAAAGUGUCCGAUCCAACACGCCUCAGCAAGCAGAAGAAACAACAGAGGUUGGAACCCCUCUACAACCGCUACGAGGAACCAAACGCCUGGAGAAUCUCCAGAGCCUUCAGGCGGCGCUAGAACAUUCUCAAAAGGUCCUCAUAGACUGCACGUUUCUGAUUCUGAUGUACAAAGCAACAUUUUUGUACUGGAGGCAGAGUGGAGGAUAACUCGGACUGAUGCUAAAACCC